AUGGGGCUGUGGCUGUCUGAGGCUAGUGAGGAUGUGGUCUCUAUAGUUGUUGUUUUCACCUCAAAUCAGUCAAAGAAGCAGUUUAGUUCCUCUGCCAAUUCUCUAAACGACGCAUUAAAGGCUAUCAGUGUGAGUACAGAGCUGAUUGACGAAGAGCUCAAGUGUCAUUUGGAUACAGUGUUAACUGCGCUGCUAGAAAAGAAGAAAGAUGCUGCUGUUGAGAUUGUCAGAAGUGGGAUUCUACCCACACUGGCUCAGGCCUUACGGAGUAAAAGCAGCCUGAGCUGCCAGGUGGCUCUGGUGGUAGCAGAGAUGGCACGAGAAGCUGCAGUCAGGGAGCCGUGCAUCGAGGCAGGCCUGGUAAAAGUGCUGGUUCCCCAUCUGAACAGCAAUAACCAGGAAAUGCUGCUGAACACUGGCCGGGCCAUUGGGCGCAUCUGUUUUGACAACUCAUACCAACAGGAGCAGUUAGUCCAGACUGGUGUAAUCCCUCGACUGGUGUCCAUAAUGAGGGAGUAUCCAGAGAACGACCCCCUGGUCAACGUCUGCCUGCUGGCACUCUGUAACCUGGUUGACUUGGACUCUGCAAGGGAGGCCCUGGCAGAGCUGGAUGUGGCAGAUGUACUAACCAUUCAGCUGAAACGUGCUCCUGAUGCUGAACGCCGACAUGUCAUCUUGGAAAUCCUGGGCUCACUGGGCGAGAGUGAUAUACUGAAGCUGCAGUUUGCAGAGUCAGGAGUACCAGAGGCUUUAUCAGAGAUGAUUCGUGGUCUGCAGGGAGGUUCUGACCCACAUGACCUCUGCAGCAUCAAGAUUGCUUCCAACCUCAUAGUGUCUCUGCUUUUAGGAGAUGAGUCUAUGCAGAAGUGUUUUGGUGAGGGAUCAGGUCUGGUGUAUCAGGAUGUUCUGUCCUGGCUACAGAGCUCCAACACCCAGCUGCAGCUGUCAGGAGCCCUCGCCAUCGCAAACUUUGCCAGAAACGACAGUAACUGUGUGAAGAUGCUGGACCUUGGUGUGGUUCCUCACAUCCUGACGUUGUUGGAGCAGCAUGUAGACGAAGGAGAUGUGUCUGUUCAACAUGCCGGACUGAGUGCGCUCAGAAACCUAGCGAUUCCUGCUACCAACAAAGUGAGGAUGCUGGAGGAUGGGGUGACUGAAAGAAUAAAGACCUUGCUGCGCUCUGACAUGCCACCAGUUCAGUUCAAACUGCUGGGUACACUGCGGAUGAUGGUAGAUGGACAAGAGGAGGCGGCCUUAGCGCUAGGAAGAGAUGCUGUGCUGCUAGCUCGUAUCAUGGAGUGGUGUGAAGCCAAAGACCAUGCAGGAGUUCGAGGUGAAGCCAGUCGCCUUUUGGCUGCCCUCAUCAGACAUAGCCGCAACCCUGAAGUUGUUCGUGCUGUAGCCAGAGCGGAUGGGGUUCGGCACCUUAUCUGUAUGGCAACAAGUGAGCAUGUCAUCAUGCAGAAUGAGGCCCUGGUCGCCCUGGCGAUAGCAUCUGCCAUUGACAUUGAGUCGAUGAAGGAUCCAGUCAGGGAGGCAGAGCUGUUACACAUGCUGAAGAAGAUGUUGGAGGAUUCUACGGGAGCAGUUGAGGUCAAGUUCAGUGCUUUAGGUCUCAUCUGCAGCCUCGCUAACUCUGGUGUGAUGAAGGACGAGCUGAACACCAUGAAUAUGAGGGAAAGCCUCAUUAAACUGACAGAUCAUAGCAGCGAUAAACUUGCCUCGCAGGCCAGCUCUGUACUGACAGUUCUUGGUGACACCAGCUAGAUGGGCACCCUGCAGCAACGGAGAAUCUCAUCUGUUGAAUGGAUUUAUCCAGCUUUGUCAAAGACAUACUUUGAUUCAAAUGAUCUUACUGCACAGAUAUUGAAAACUGACUUCUGAAAUGUCACCUGUUUUGUGGCAGUAAAGGGCUGAAGGGCCUUGUUUUGGUAGCAGUCUGAUUCAUGUUGUCUAUGUGAGAGAGAAGUUAGUCUCAUUAGUUAUGUAUGUCAUUGCCUCUUGACAAAACUUUCUUUUUGGCAAGAGGCAUUUAAUAUUUUAUUUUUUAGAUACAUGAUGGUGCAAAUGCUGUUAUGUCACUAAUAUUUGAAUAGAUUUUUAAAAAAAUGUAAUGGUAAAAUUAGGUCUACAGUCAUGGCAGCGCUGCAAUAUGAUCUUUAGGUACUUUAUUGUUGAAUAUGAAUAGCUGUACAAAAUUUCACAGAAACCUGGCCAGUACUAGUAGUAUUAUCUUGCCCUGGACCAAAGGGGUGGGUAGAUGAACAAAUGGACCAAAGUUUCCUUGUUUGGGCUCAGCUAGAAGGCGAAAAUUUGGAAUGUACUGACUGACCAUUGUUCUUGUUUAACAGUUCAGU